UCGAGACAUAAGGCCAAUAACUCGAAUCACUUGGUCCACUCUCGUCCGAGACCGCGCAAUUAUUUAUAGAUGCCGUAGUAGAUGGAGUGCCUUGCCGGCGGCAUCAAUUUGGUAUUGAAAAGGUGGCUCAUAGAGAGUAUGCAUAUGUUUCCUUAUGUAGGCAGACAUUACAAGAAGCAGGAUAUGACUCCGAUUUUCCCUCGUGUUGAAUGACUCCAUUGCCUUGAUAUCUUUUCAUUAGCAUCUUUGUUGCAAAUUUAGUCUCCAGGGAGCCAUUCUCAGCUGUCUUUGCUUGGGCGAUGUCUGUGGUGCUCGAAUCGCCUUUUACUACACUAAUUGCUUCAAUUCUGUGAAGUGGAAUGGAAACUCGUGAAGAAGAGUUUGUGCUGUAAUCUUUAGGAGUGUAAUUGGGCGCAGACGGAUCUUAGAGUUUGGAGGUUGCAGAUUGGUAGAUGUGGGUUCUAUGUGCCUCUGGUGUGGGUGGGAGUGGAAAGGGGUGCCAUUUUUUGAGUUCGUAUUUCGGGUAUGGCCAUGUGCGAUGUUUCAGCUCUUUGUUGGAGUGAUGAAGUUCCCCGGAAGUACUGAAUGAAUUGGUGAAUUUCCGUUCUCUGGGGAGGGCUAUGUGGGUUGCGUACCUGGUAUCGUUUUUGGUGCUGGUUGGAAUCGAUAAUUAGGUUGAGAUCUUUAUGUUAAUUGUAAGUUGCAUCUUCUCAACAUCAAUUUCUAGGCUUUCAGGAGGAAGGAGAGCUUUGUCGGAGGAUCUACAUUCGGGGUAGCGUGGGUAUUGAACCGAAAGAGCUCGAGCAUUUGGGAGAGUUAGCUUAAUUUCGAGGGAGAUCCUUUUGAUGGGGCGCAAAUAUGAUAAUUAAGGGCCUCCUAGGGUGACCAGAAUUCUCUUGGGUUUCAGCCUCCGUCUAACUUGUAAACCUAGUCAGCACAGACAAAAUGGAUUUGACCUCCGUUCAAGAGGCAUUUGAUCGUGUAUCCAAGAAGCAAAAGGUGUGCUACACGAAGACACAGGACGCGAUUGACCUAACAAUUCACGAAGUCCAGGCAGCUGCAGAGCAUCUCAAUGGAAUUGCGGGUUGCUCUUCUCAAGCUCGAAAGGGAGUACUCAUGAAGCUGCAACAAAAACUAUCUGAAAUUUCUCCCGCAAACCAGAAGGAGCUCAAUACAACAAUGGCAAAAUACGGAAAAGUCCUUGACAAGGUCUUCAACCCAGACAUUGUGAAAGCAUACAGAGAUGUUGAAUUUGAUAUCCACUUGAUCAAUCAGAUCAUAGCCCAGCAUCUCUAUCGGCUGGGGUUAUUUGAACUAGGCGACUGCUUGGUGAAUGAGGCUCAAGAGCCUGAUGCAGCUUCGUUGAAGGCCCCGCUGUAUGAAAUGUAUCACAAUUUGGUGCAUCUUCAUGUCAAGAACCUGGAGCCAGCAUUGAAUUGGGCAAGGAAGAAUCGACAGACCCUGAAAGCCAAGGGCUCUUCGUUGGAGUUUCAAUUGCAUCAACUACAGUUUGUUCACGUGCUCAGAACCAAAGGGCGUCGGGAAGCUCUUGAGUAUGCGAAACUGUCCUUUAAUAUUUUUGCCGCGCAGCAUAUGUCCGAUAUACAGAGGCUGAUGGCGUGUCUCUUGUGGGCCAAUCGAUUGGAAUGCUCUCCUUACAAAGAUCUUAUUUCCCCAUCUCACUGGGAUACCGUUGCCUUGCAAUUCUCUAGGGAGUGCUGUCACCUGUUGGGUCAGGCAUACGAAAGUCCAUUACAGGUCACUCUUUCUGCAGGUGCCCAAGCACUCCCAUCUCUGCUGAAGCUCGCCACAGUCAUGUCUUCAAAGAAACAGGAGUGGGCAGAAAUGAAGCAAAUGCCAAUUGAAAUUGAGUUAGACAAUGUAUACAACUUCCACUCCGUGUUUGCGUGUCCUGUGUCACGGGAGCAGAGCACAGCUGACAAUCCUCCGAUGCUCAUGCGCUGCGGCCAUGUCCUCUGCAAACAGUCCAUUCAGAAGCUUGCUAAGAGCAAUUCACGGACGUUUAAAUGCCCAUAUUGUCCUCAGGAAAUCUCAGCCACUCAAUGCCGGCAAAUCCAUUUCUAACUGCCUCCAGCGAUGGAUAUGUAUUGUGUUCUGCAGCUGUAGUUGGCUGAUUGCGAAGUCAGUUUGGCGCAAGAAAUGUUGGUGGUUGAAUUGCUGUACAGAUGUUGACAGGGUUCAAUUGUAGGCUGUGCAGUUGUAUGUAUUGAGCUCUAUUGUUACACUGUUGUGUACAUUGGAUGUUGUGUGCUUCAAUCCAUUUGAUGUCACAGAAUCCCUGUGUAUCGAUUUGGGUUAAGCUGAAAGAAGUUGAAGGUUGGGAGUUACUUGCAAGGUUGUGAAGGUGUAGAAAUCGGCCUCGUCACAAAUCUUGAGUUUAGGAGCUGUAGAUUUAUGAGUUUGAAAGUUCUGCAUUUUGGUCAGAAACGAGUAACUUGUCAAUACUUGGUUAGAAUCAUAAUCCUGAGUAUGGACUGCAAUGAUUGAGCAGCCGUUUGAGAAAGUUCUGGGACAUAAUCGGCACUUGCUGAACUGUGGGAUUCAUCUUCCAGAUGCCAUGAAGCGAAUGAAUUCUAGAUCACUUUAGUGUAGAGGAUCAUUCAGAUGGGUUUGAAGUGUUUGCUUGUGACAAAUCAAUUGUAGCAAUUCUAUUAUUUAUAAUUGAGUCUCAUGUUGCGGUAGAAACUGACAGAAAAAGGAGACGAACUUUGAAUUGGCCACUGUUA